CAUGGCUCAGCUGCCCAAUGAUUCCUGGCACAAUGACUCCUCCCUGAUCUUCACCGGCCUGGACCUGCUCCUGGAGCUGAAGCCGCUCUUCAUCCCGCUCUACGCCACGCUGGUGACGGUGGCGUGCAUCGGGAACCUCUUCCUCAUCCUCCUCAUCGCCCUCACCAAGAAGCUGCACUGCACCACCAACUUCCUGAUCGGGAACCUGGCGGUGGCCGACUUCGUCAUGUGCCUGGCCUGUGUCCCCCUGACCGCCUCCUACGCCUUCGAGGAGCGGGGCUGGCUCUUCGGCAUGUUCAUGUGCCACUUUGUCACCCUGCUGCAGGCUGCCACCGUCUUCGUGUCGGUGCUGUCCCUCACGGCCAUCGCCAUCGACCGCUACGUGGUGGUGGCGUACCCGAUCCGCCGGCGGAUCAGCCGCAGGGCCUGCCUCGGCCUCGUGGCUUGCAUUUGGCUGCUGUCCAUCGUGGCCUCGGUGCCCACCUCGCUGCACACCCACUACCUGGACCUCAACGCCAUCGGCCACGACAUGAUCAUCUGCGAGGAGUUCUGGAAGCACGAGGAGAGGGAGCGGCUGCUGUACUCGUGCCUGAUGCUGCUGCUCUCCUACAUGCUCCCGCUGCUGGCCGUGUCCGUCUCCUUCUGCGCCAUCACCUACCACCUGCGCAGGAGGAACGUGCCGGGCGCUGCCCACCACUGCCACGACAAGUGGACCAGGACCAAGCACAAGACUUUCCGGGUGCUCACCAUCUCCGUGGUCUGCUGGCUGCCUCUGCAGGUGGUCAACUUCAUCCGGGACAUCGACGAGGAGUUCACCAUCCUGGACAAGAGGUACGUCAAUGUCAUCCAGGUCUCGUGCCACCUGAUCGCCAUGAGCUCUGCCUGCUACAACCCCUUCAUCUACGCCUCCCUCCACGACAAGUUCUGGUUCCACCUCAGCAGCUACUUCUACCGUAAGAAGCAGAGCUCCAGGACCAUGUCCUGCAAGACUUCCCGCUUCAACACCUGCUCCACCCUGGCAGAUGCUCCCACCGGGGCCUCGGACAAGAUAGCUCUGCAAUCCAGGUUACCUUAGC